AGUAUAGACAUAGCCCACAGUAACAUGAAGCCUGGCAGGAUUUACAGGAACAAAGGUGUGCUGGACGACAGCAGCCUGAACAGAAGUCCUCACUCCUACCUGAACAACCCUGAGGAGGAGAGGAACAGGUAUGAUAGGAACACAGACAAACAGGUGUUGGUGCUGAAGUUUACGGAUCUGGAUGGAGAUGGAAUCGGUAUGCUCAGGUAAAAAUACCUAAAUUAAGCCAAAUUCAAUAACACCAACCGCAUGGUGAGCAGUGAUAAUAUGGGUUAUGCUUCCUACCUGAUGGAGGAGGAGAAGAACCGCGGACAGUUACCUGGACAGGGAAGUUUUGUUUCCGGUUUUUCCUCCAGUAACCUGGGAGAUGUCAGUCCAAACACUAAAGGACCUUAUUGUUUGAACACAGGACUGCCUUGUGACUAUGUGAACAGUUCCUGUCCUGUUGGAGGGACUAAGGAGUGUAAAGCAUUUGGACCUGGAGAAGACAUGUUCGACAGCACAAGAAUCAUUGGACACAACAUAUACAUGAAGGCCAAGGAACUCUAUGCAGCUGCAGUUGAGGAAGUGACUGGUCCCGUUCAGUUUGCUCAUCAGUGGGUCGACAUGUCAAACGUGACUGUUCAGAUCAACAACACACACAAGGUCAGUACAUGUAAACCUGCUCUGGGCCACAGUUUUGCAGCAGGAACUACAGACGGAGGAGGAGACCUGAACUUCACCCAGGGGGCUGUGGAAGGGGACCCAUUCUGGGAUGGGAUUAGAGAUGCACUUUUGGGACCGCCGUCCAAUGAGACAAAGAAAUGUCACCAUCCUAAACCAAUUCUAUUCAGCACAGGGGAGAUGAACUGGCCUCUGCCAUGGCAUCCUCAGAUUGUUGAUGUUCAGAUCAUCACCAUCGGCUCUGUAGCGGUGAUAGCUGUCCCUGGAGAAAUGACCACCAUGUCCGGCAGGAGAUUACGACAGGCUGUCAGAGAGGAGUUGGAGUCUGAGGGAACCUUCAAGAACAUAGAGGUGGUGAUUGCUGGACUCAGUAACACCUAUACUCACUACAUAACCACCUAUGAAGAGUACCAGGUGCAGCGAUAUGAAGGAGCAUCUACCAUCUACGGUCCACAUACGCUUACUGCCUACUUGCACAAAUACCGGGGCUUAGCCAGAGCCAUCGCUCAGAACAAAGUGUUAGAGCUUCCUGCUGGACCUGAGCCUCCUUUCUUUACCAGCAAUCUUUUUAAUCUAAUGGGUGCAGCUACUGUGGACAAAAAACCAGAAAACAGCAGCUUUGGAGACAUCUUGGAGCAGGUUUACCCCAUCUACAGACAAGGCGAUGUUGUUUCUGUCACAUUUGUAGCAGGAAACCCUCGACACUCUGGAGACAUUAGAGAUAAAACAUUUAUCGCUGUGGAGAUAUAUGACAACAGAACAGAAACUUGGGAGGUGGUCCACACUGAUGCAUCAUGGGAGACCAGGUUUCACUGGCUGAAAGGUUCUAAUCGACAGAGUAAUGCCACAGUUGAAUGGUUCGUUCCUCCGUCGGCUCCCGCCGGCUCCUACAGGAUCCGACACUUCGGACAUUACAAACAGAUGAAGGGCCUGCGGCCCGUCAUCACGCCGUACGAAGGCUCGUCUGACGUCUUCAGAGUCACCGACAGCUUCUACCAUCAGUGACAUCAGAGGCAAACUGUGUCCACAUCAGUGAUUCAGAAAUGGAUCAACCUGCAGCUGAAACUGCAGAUUUAAAUAGAGGCACAAGUUCAGGGUUAGUCCUGGAAACUAAUAAAUACUCAGAUAUACAUUU